GGUGGAGUAUUACAGACUAUAUCAACCCUUUGAUGGUCUUUAUUGAUGAUAACUUCGUCUUCAUUUGUAUCUUCUCGUUGUCUUUUAUUCAUAACAUGUCUUGAACCAUUAGAAGUAAACUCAAGACUUGUUGCCAAAUGUUUGAAAAAGUUAUUAUGAAAAGUAUAUUUGUAUUGCGGUAUGGUUUCAUUAGCUUUACAUCCACACCGCACACUGUAAAAUGGUAUAACUCAUUUUUAAAAGCAGACGGCUAAAUAAUUUACGAAGAAGAAAGAGUAUGGUUCAUAAUCAAACAGUUAUAUCAAUUUAAUAGAGUAAUGCAAAGAGAAUAUAAUGAUAACCCUGUUAUAAGAUCCAAAAGAUACUAUCAAAUCCAACAGCACCAUCAAUUUCAACAACUACAACAACAACAGAGUCGACCAGAACAACAAGAACAAACAGGAGUUGCCAAUACUGAUUUACAACUUCAAGAUCAAAUACAGGUAAUUUCAAACGAUCAAGUUCCAGAAGCAUCAUCUCCAUCUUAUCCACAUCUUAUUGAACUAUUUAUUAGUAUCCUUUCUUAUUUAAAAUUGUAUAAUUUCUUUUCUAUGUUAGAAUCACAAUUGAAAAAGUUAUCUAUUAAUGAAGAUCAACCUAAAGAAAAAGAUAUAGAUCCACAACCAGAAAUAGUAGACGACAACGAGGAUGAUAGUAAUCAGUACAUAGAUGAUAGUAUAAAUGAUAGUGAUUUACAAAUCCUUCAAAUCAAUCAUAAAAUAACCAACGAUUAUCAUAUUAUACGGAAUGGAUUACCAAAUAAUAACAGUUUCCUUGAAGGCAUCGAUGAUGAAGAUAUACCGCCACCUCCACCUAGUCAAUCACCAAAACCACGAGGAUCUAGUUCAUCAGUAUUUAAUGAUCUUGUUAAUAAAAGGUUACAGUCUUAUAAAAGUACCGGUCUGAGUGAAGAUCAAUAUGGGGCAAACUUAUUCAUAUCAAAUGAUUAUUUAUCAUCACUACCAACAAGCACAGCUUCAACUCCAAUCCCAGAAGCAAAAAUAGAGUCCAUAGAAGAACCAGAAUUGGAUGAUGACGAAGACAACAUCCUUAAUAUUAAUUUAUCUGACCCAACUCCAAAAAUUUCAGAAUAUAAAAAGACUGUUCUAGAUUAUUAUAUACCUGGAAAACCUAUAUCGGCGUCAUCAUAUUCGGUACUUGAUAGUUUCAUUCCCCAAUAUUAUAUCGAUAAAGUAUCAAAUAUAUAUCAGAACUAUCAUGAUUCUAUCCUUUCAAAAGUUGAUAAAUCAAGAAUUGAUUCUCAAACCUUAAUCAAACCAUUACUUUCAUCACAAAUAGCAAAAGUUUAUAAUGCUUGGAAUAAUGGAAAUUCAGGUGUAUUUGCAUCAAAGUUUCAAAUUGAAUUAUAUAAUCAAGAUUUAACCACUUUAAGAGAUGGUCGUUGGCUUAAUGAUAAUGUUAUUGAUUAUUAUAUGAAUUUAAUCAUGGAAAAAUCCAAUCAAAAAGUAUUUGGUUGGACCACCCAUUUCUUCUCAAAUUUAGAAUCUAAGGGAUAUCAAGGUAUUGCAAGAUGGGGUAAACGUAAGAAGUUAAAUUUAUUCGAAAAGGAUAUGGUUAUUGUUCCUAUCAAUGUGAUGAAUACUCAUUGGGCUUUAGCUGUGAUUAAUAAUUUAACUCAUUCGAUUCAAUAUUUCGAUUCUUUAAUAAGUUCUAAUGGUAAUAUCAGAGCUAUAACGUUGUUGAAGGAUUACGUGGAACAAGAAGCUAAACGAUUGAAUGUCAAUAUAACUAAUGAAUAUCAAUUAUUUCCAAGGAUGCAAUCUCCUCAACAAGCAAAUGGAUAUGAUUGUGGAGUUUUCACUUGUACAGCUGCAAAAUAUUUAUCAUUAAGCCAACCAUUAAGAUAUUCUCAAAAUGAUAUGAAAAGUAUAAGAAGAAGAAUGACUUAUGAAAUCAUGACUAAUGAAUUAUUAGAAUAAAGUAAAUAGAACAAAUUUAUAUAUUUGCUAAUAAAUCAAAAUUAAUACAUAAAA